AUGGUAGAAGUAGAAGGAAACUCAGUGCUUGCUUUGAUUAUAGUAUUCUCAGCUUCCAUCAUCUUGUUCUUCUACUACUACUACUGUUAUUAUUACCAUAUAUAUGAACACCAUGGUAAGAAUAUUCCUCCGGGAUCACUAGGUUUUCCGGUGAUCGGAGAAUCAUGGAGCUUUGUUAAAGCUCAAAGGGAAGAUAAAGGAAGUGAAUGGAUUGAGAAGAGGGUGGCCAUGCAUGGCACUGUCUUUAAGACCUCCCUUAUGGGCUGCCCUACUGUCGUUGUCACCGGCCGAACCGGUAACAAGUUUGUGUUCUCCGCCGAUGAUGAGAGUCUUAGUGUUAAACAGCCUCCUUCCAUUGCAAUGCUCGUCGGAAAGUACAAUGUUUUAGAACUCACAGGACCAAGAUACAAGCAUGUGAAGAGUGUAGUAAUGAGGUUUUUGAAACCAGAAGCAAUCCAAGAAUACAUAGAUCCAAUGAACAGUAUAAUGAAGAACACUCUCAACAGCCUGAAAGUAAAGGACAGUGUCCUAAUUGUACCACUUAUGAAGAGACUCACCUUCAACAUCACAUGCAGCCUCUUGUUUGGCCUGCAUGAUGAGCCAACAAACGAUGCCUUAUUUGAAGACUUCUCACACUUAUUCAAAGGCCUCUGGUCGGUCCCUUUGAACCUCCCCGGCACUGCAUUCCGACGAGCAUUGCAUGCGAGAUCAAACAUUGUCCAGAGAGUAACUCCCAUCUUGAAAAGCAGAAGAAAGAAGAUCAUUGAGGAGGUUGUGAAUGCCAAUUCUGAUAUGUUAUCUGGUUUGAUAACUCGUUUAAGUGAUGAGGAGAUCAUAGAUAACUUUGUGGCCUUGAUGGUUGCUAGUCAUGAUACUACUGCAAUUCUCUUGACUUUGAUGGUUUGGAAGUUGGCUAGAGAUCCUCAGAUUUAUCAAAAAGUCUCUCAAGAGCAAAGUGCAAUCAUAAAAGAAAGACAAGAAAAAACAAAUGGGAAGCUUACAUGGAGUGAAAUACAAAAGAUGAAGUACACUUGGAGGGUUGCACAAGAGAUUAUGAGAAUGAUUCCUCCAGUGUUUGGUAACUUUAGAAAAGCCAUGAAAGAUAUCAACUUUGCAGGUUAUGAUAUUCCCAAAGGUUGGCAGGUAUUUUGGGAAGUUACUCAAACUCAUAUGAACAAUGGGAUAUUCGAAAAUGCGACAAGUUUUGAUCCUUCUCGAUUUGAGAAUUCAUCAAGAAGUAUUCAGACUUUCACUUACAUUCCAUUUGGAGCAGGAUCAAGGAUGUGCUUAGGCAAUGAGUUUGCAAGAGUUGAAGCUCUGACAGUGAUGCAUCACUUAGUAACAAACUUUGAAUGGUCUCAGCUGAUACCUGAUGAACCAAUAACUAGAAAUCCAAUGCCUUAUCCUUCCAAAGGUCUUCCAAUCAAACUCAAAGUUAAAGAAACUUCAGACAUGCUCUAGUUUAAUUAG